ACCACGUUUGCAAGGUGCGACUCUCAACUCAACUCGAAGAAGCUUAGUUGAGAGAGAGAGAGAGAGAGAGAGAAGAGCGCGCGAAAGUUGGUACCUUAGAAUUAGAUCUCUAAUCUCUAUUCUUAUUGUAAGAAAGGCCCACACACACAUACUCUCUCUCUAUAUAUCUGUGUUUGUGGACUGUCUGGUAGACUGUAACCAUUCCUUUCACUUAAAUGAGGAAAGUGUUGCUGAGCUUCACGACCAUGGAGAUUCCACCUCUCUCCCCCAAUUUAUGGUGGUGGGAUCAAAUCAACAACUCCACUACCUUCCAGAACGCUAUUUUCUACUUCCUUUGCGCUGCUUAUGCUCUUGUCUCCUCCAUCGCUCUGAUUCAGUUGGUAAGAAUUGAAGUAAGAGUACCUGAGUAUGGUUGGACAACGCAGAAAAUUUUUCAUCUCAUGAACUUCAUUGUCAACGGAGUACGUGCAGUGGUGUUUGGAUUACACAACCUGGUUUUUCUUUUGCAUCCCAAGGCAUUUAUUUUGGUGCUAUUGGAUCUGCCAGGACUACUGUUUUUCUCAACAUAUACACUUCUAGUCCUUUUUUGGGCAGAAAUUUAUCAUCAGGCAAGGAGUUUACCAACUGAUAAGCUCAGGAUAGUUUAUAUUUCAAUAAAUGCUGCCUUGUAUAUUAUCCAGGUUUGUAUUUGGAUAUACCUCUGGAUAGAUGACAACAGUUCUGUCGAGCUCAUUGGAAAGAUAUUUAUUGCAGUUGUGUCAUUUAUGGCUGCACUAGGCUUCUUGCUAUAUGGAGGAAGAUUGUUUUUCAUGCUGAGGCAUUUCCCAAUUGAAUCUAAAGGGAGAAGGAAGAAACUUCACGAGGUCGGAUCUGUCACAGCCAUCUGUUUCACCUGUUUUCUGAUAAGAUGCAUUAUGGGUUUUCUGUCUGCAUUUGAUUCAGAUGCAUCUCUUGAUGUUUUGGAUCAUCCUAUUUUGGACUUGAUCUACUACAUGCUGGUUGAGGUUCUGCCUUCAGCUUUAGUCCUCUACAUCCUGCGCAAAUUGCCCCCAAAGAGGAUAUCAGCCCAAUAUCACCCUAUCCGUUAACUGCAGUGCAUCUUGGGUCUUAAUUUAUUAAUUUGCCCAGUCAUUAUAAUUUUAAUGGCGAAGCAUAUAAAGAAAAAGGAUCCAGAUAUAGUCUCAUAGCAGCAGCUCGUACACCUGUGAUACUCAGCAGUUGCUUCCUGAUAAGGAUAAUUUAGAUUCACGUUUUGUAGGGUAUACAAACCAUGGCAAGUCACAAGAGCUUGAGUGCCUUUCUGCGGUUAUUUGUCCAUUGGCCCCCGCCCCAGGGAUGGGAGGGUUGAGUUUAUCAUGUAGUCUGGAUGUUGUAGGGUUACAGCACAAGCUUGAAAUGAUGCAUCCAUUCUUUGACAUUAUAUAUCAAAAGUGAUUUUGACAUUAUAAAUUUUGUUCGAAUAGUAUGGUUGUAAAUCAUUUUUA